AUAUGCCAAAAGACAGAAAUCAUUCAUAUAAUAAUGUAUUUCUGCGUUGCCAUUGUAUUAAAUUUAAAAAUAACGGUAAAAAUUCAUCUAGUCGCUAUAUAUAGGUUUAAACAUUUCCUUUCCGUUACAUUAAAUUAUAUGUUAAUUACUGCUAUCAGGGUAGCGAUCUCUUGAUCAUAGAAAAGGAAACACAGAAGUAAUACUUGAUCUCACUUUAUCAAAGCGUUUUCAUGAUCCAAUCAAAACGUUUUAUUUAGAUUUAAUUUUUUUUAAGUACAUUGACUGCCAAACUGUAAUGUAGUUUGUGAAGUAGUUUAUUCAACUAUUAACCGCCAAUUUUAAACAAACAGCAUGAUAAUCUGUGUCAAGUAAAUAUAUGUAUCUAUAAAUGGAAACCGGUAUGUAAGACUCUGUCAUGGACGGUGAUGCACGGGAAUUCUUGCUACUCAUCGAGAGGACGAUCGAUGUAAAACAGCUAACACGUGCGCGUGAUCUAAACCACUUAUUUUUAUAGGAUGAUUCCCAUAGUUACCUCACUGUGUGACAACAUGUUUCUUUGUAUUUCUCACUGUUAAUUUCAUAUUUAUAGUUGUGUCAUAUCAUAGUUUGAACUGCGUGAUAUCAGUGGAUGGAAACAAAAGCGCGUGACUUUUGGCAUACGUUCGAUUAACUCUUUAUGAGAUGAACAAAAAUGAGUCGACAAGUAGAUAUGGACCCCUGGUCGGUGCAAUCGAUGAAGGGACAAGUAGUGCUAGAUUUUUGGUGUUUGCUGCAAACACAGCAGAAGUAUUAACUUAUCAUCAAGUUCCAAUAUCCCAGUCAUGUCCAAAAGAAGGAUGGGUGGAACAAGAUCCUAUAGAAAUAUUGACAGCAGUUAGGGAAUGUCUUCAUCAAACUGUAUUUAAUUUAAGACAACUUACCAUAGAUCCUGGUGAUAUAGUUGCAGUUGGUAUAACAAAUCAAAGAGAAACCACAGUUGUAUGGGAUUCUGUUACGGGAGAACCAUUAUACAAUGCCAUAGUUUGGAUGGACAUGAGAACCACUUCGAUAGUGGAUGAUAUAUUAAAAAAAAUUCGUAAUCAAAAUAAAAAUUACCUAAAACCACUCUGUGGUCUACCAAUUAGUCCAUAUUUCAGUGCUUUAAAGUUGAAGUGGUUAUUAAAAAAUGUACCCCGUAUUCAAGAAGCAUUAGAUAAAAAACGAUGCAUGUUUGGCACAAUUGAUUCUUGGUUAAUUUGGAAUUUAACUGGAGGCACAAAAUUUGGUAUUCAUGCUACCGAUGUUACCAAUGCUUCAAGAACAAUGCUGAUGAAUAUCACAACCUUGAAAUGGGAUCCAACUUUGUUAUCAUUUUUCGAUAUACCAUUAGAAAUUUUACCAGAGAUCCGUAGUUCAUCAGAAAUCUAUGGUUACAUUCAAGAUGAGAUAAUGGCUGGUGUACCAAUAUCGGGGUGUUUAGGCGAUCAACAAUCAGCACUCGUGGGUCAGAUGUGUCUACAAAAGGGUCAGGCAAAAAGCACUUACGGUACUGGUUGUUUCCUUUUAUAUAAUACUGGAACUGCUAUUGUAGAUUCAUCUCACGGUCUGUUAACAACAGUUGCUUACCAAUUAGGACCACAGGCUCCUCCUAUUUAUGCCCUCGAAGGUUCUGUAGCAAUAGCUGGUGGAAUUAUUCAGUGGCUAAAAGAUAAUCUUGGAAUAUUAUCAGAUUUAAAAGAGUCUGAAACUUUAGUUGAACAAAUUCCUACUGAUAACCAUAUUGCAUUUGUGCCUGCAUUUGCUGGAUUAUAUGCUCCAUAUUGGAGGAAAGAUGCAAGAAGUGUUAUAUGUGGAAUUACAGAAGACACUAAUAGUAUUCAUAUCAUAAAAGCAGCGUUACAAGCCGUUUGCUUUCAGACAAGAGAUAUUUUAGAAACCAUGAAAAAGGAUACCGGAUUAUCUUUAUCUAAAUUGUUAGUAGAUGGUGCGAUGACUAACAAUAAUCUAUUAAUGCAAAUGCAAGCUGACAUUUGUGGAAUUCCAGUUGUCAGGCCACUGAUGUGUGAGACUACUGCCCUUGGAGUUGCAAUAGCUGCAGGAAGCGCAGAUGGCAUACGUAAAUGGGAUGUAAAAAUUAAUGGACCUGUACCAAGCGAUACAUUUAUACCGUCGAUAACAGAAAAUGAACAAGAUAUAUUGUAUUCGCAAUGGAAAAAGGCUAUUGAUCGGAGUUUAGGAUGGGAACCAAUAAUAGAUACCAAUGAUGAUGCCAAGAGUAUUCAUAAAGCAACUGCCAGUGGUAUUUUUAUGAUAAGUACUAUAAUAUUGCUUAUGAUUGCUAAGUAUCAUACUAUGUUGUGAUUCAAAGAGUGCAGUACUAUGUACUGUCUUUCUUAGAUAAUGCAUUUAGGCAGGUCCUGUUAGUUAGUAUACUUUGUAAAAUAAUACUAUAAGUACAGAAAACAAACUGAAAAAGAAUACAAAUAAAGGUGCCAUAAUACUGUGAUAAUUUUUAUGUUACAUGAAAUACAGAAAAUCGAAGAAAUGAUAUUUAGCGGUAAUAGACAUUUAUCAUCUGUUUCGAGUAUAAACAGUUGUUUUAAUUUGUUUUACUUGUAUCAGAGAACUGAGUUUCGAUGAUUUGAUCUCUUACAUCAGUUAUGUUUAUUUAUUUUUUCAUUCUUUAUAAUUUCUGUUAUUCCAUUUUCUUUUGGCUUUGCAUCUGAGAUAUCCUAAUGCAUAAAAUUUAAUAAUUUGAAUAAUUAUUCUGUACCGAUCAAAUGAUGAACAAAACUGAUACAAAAUGUUACCAUAAAUGUAUCAGUAGUAGAAGUUUGAGCUGCAACGUAAGAUGCGGUAAGCCAUACAUCGUUUCUUAUAUUAUCAAUGCGUAAUCGUGUUCUUUGUGGCACAAGUAUACGAGAAAUAAGGGAACGACAAGCUUGAGACACCAUUGGCGUUUUCGGAAAUACAAUUCUACCUUGUACUUGCUAUAUGAGGAAAGAAUGAGUUACUAUAAUAAAAAAAUUUAAUGAAAGAGUAAUGCAGUGAACAUUGAAUAGUAGCAACACUCAUCAGGACUGGAAGAUUGUAAUUAUGAAAAGUUAGAAUUGAAUCCACCCCAAGUAACGAAGAUUUUAGCAUGGCAGCAUUAAAGGCUCGCGGUGAGCUUAAAAUGUUCAACUCAAAAAUCGAAAUUGUCGAGUUCGACAAUAGUUGGAUCAUCAUAUUACACCAUUCGAUCGCGGCCGGUCGUCGAGCACUAUUAUACAUCGAACGUGUGUUAAAAGGAACAUAGUUUGGAUAUGGUGGGAAUGAAGAGGUCCCUGAUGUUGCAAUUAUCCAAUAUUCACUGUAUUGUUAUGUAAAAGAAAAUUUUAGGCAGCAUCAUUUUAUACAGUUUCUUUUUAAUGUACCUGGGUACCUUUAGAAGUUGACUAUAAUUUGUGUCGUCAAAUGGUAGCCGACCGUAAACCAUUGCAUAUAGUACUACGCCCAUGGACCAUAUAUCAGAUAAUUGAGGCAAAUAGGGGAUUCCCUUUAAUAUUUCAGGCGACGCGUAAGCAUAACUUCCACAGAAAGUUUCACUUAGUGGCGUAAUUCCGUUUUUUGAUAUCAUUUGUCCUCGUGCGAAUCCGAAAUCGGAUAAUUUGAUAUUAAAAUUAGAAUCCAUUAAAAGAUUCUCACAUUUUACAUCCCUAAAUGAAAUUGACUAUUUGUUUAUACUGAACAAAGAUAAAGGCAAUUAGUAAAAUGAAGAAAUAAAUUAAUAAUUUGUAUGAUACAAAAAUAUUUUAAAGAAAAUCAUUAUUUAAUUUAAAGUGACAGAACCUCAAAUUUGAAUAAUUUCGGUAAUUAUGAAUAUAAUAUUUUUUUUACAAUUUCUUAUCCACUUUUUACCUAUGUACUAUACCCCGUCCGUGACAAUAAUCAAUCGCUUCCAAUAAUUGACGAAACCAUCUACGACUACGCAGUUCAUCAAUGUACGUAUCUCGUUUUAUUGUGUCCAGCAAGCUACCAUUUUUAGCAUAUUCCAUAAUAAUAUACACACUGAAUGUAAAUAAUUAACAAUUAUGAAUAACACAGAAAGAAAUUUUUAAUACACUCGUGUAUGUAUGUAUGCUAUAAGAAGCAUAUAGAAAGUAUCUAACCGAUGGGUUGUUUCAAUCGCUUGUAAAAAUCUUAUUAAAUUUGGAUGUUUUAAACCUUUAACUACUUCUAUUUCACGUGGCAGAAAUUUUCUUAAAUAUUCGCCGGGUGCUUGAAAUUUUGAAAUGAUCUUUACUGCUACUUGACAAGCAUGUCGAUCCGAGUUAGCAACCUUUAUAUUACAUAUUUUAAUAUAAAUUUGGUUAUUGCUUUUUAAAUUUAUUAAUGUUAUUAUAAAUUUUUCAGUCAUUAAUUUUGAUUGAAUUAUUUAUUAUAUGGAUAACGUACUUUCACAGUAGCAUAUGAACCGGCGCCUAUAGUUUUUCCAAGACAGUAACCAUGUGACUCAAGAACAGUUAAUUUUUUUCCUGUUUUUUCUUCAUCUUUUUCAUCAUUGCAUUGUAACAGCGAUUUAUUAUUUGUUACUGGGCCAGUUGCCAUUUAACUGUUCCGGCUGAGUUGAAUAAUUAUACUGACAUUUGAAAAAAAUGUUUUAUGUUAUUCAUUCUCAAUAUGCGCAAUCCCAACAUUUUACUUAUUAAUUUAGAAUAAAAAGCAAUUUUUUUUUAGAAAUGGUUACUUAUUGCAUGAUUAUAGUUGGGUUAGAUGAUGAUGUAUUGAAAUUUGGCGCGAUAU